AUGGUCCAACGAGUCGACGUUUUGAUCUGCGGUAGCGGGUCGGCAGGCCUAUGUGCAGCACUAUGGCUUGCACGGUCCGGCAUCAAUUUCAAGAUCCUCGACAAGCGCUCCGAGCGGAUGACGAGAGGACAGGCAGAUGGAGUUCAGUGUCGCACUGUGGAAAUAUUUGAAAGCUUUGGGGUCGCCGAAGACCUUCUCAGGGACGCUUACCAUGUGCUAGAGGUUGUUUUCUGGGAGUCGAAUGGGAAAGGUAGUAUCACUCGCACCGGCCGCACGGCUGAUACAGCUCCUGGAAUCUCCCAUCAACCACAUGUUAUUCUCAACCAAGCACGUCUCAAUGGUAUCCUGUUGGAUCUUAUGGCGCGUUCGAAUGGGCAGGAUGUUGAGUAUGGGUAUGAGGUUAAAGAGGUUCGGAUUGAUAGCGCAAAGACGUCUACGAAGGAUGAAUAUCCGGUCACUGUCACUACUGAAAAAGAUGGAAAGACAGAAAUAUUUGAAGCCAAAUACGUUCUUGGCUGUGAUGGUGCACAUAGUACCGUUCGACGAUCCCUUGGAUACAAGAUGAUCGGUGACAGCACAGAUGCUGUGUGGGGCGUCAUGGACAUAUACCCAAGAACUAACUUCCCUGAUAUCAGGAAGAAGGCUCUCCUCUACUCCGACCAUGGUAACUUACUAAUAAUCCCACGAGAAGGCGGCUCGCUCGUACGAUUCUACGUAAAGCUCCCCGACGGGAGGAUAGCCAAGAACGUCAAACUCGAGGACGUCCAUGACACUGCUCGCCGAAUCUUCCAGGGCUACGAUAUGGAGUUCGCGGAUACGUACUGGUGGUCAGCGUACUCCAUCGGUCAACGACUAGUCGACCAUUUCUCUAAAGACGAUCGAGUUUUCCUCACUGGCGACGCCUGCCACACUCAUGCUCCUAAGGCCGGGCAGGGAAUGAACGUUAGCCUUCAGGAUGGUUAUAACAUCGGUUGGAAGCUUGCAGCUGUACUCAAUGGAAGGGCAUCUCCUGACCUCCUUAAAACGUACAGCCUAGAGCGGCAGAAGGUCGCAUCGGAUCUCAUUGAUUUCGACCGCAACUUCAUGAAGCUCUUCUCACAAGAGGUGAAACAUGAAGACCAAACGAAUGCGAACUUGGUUGUCCGACAGUUCGUCGCGACGGGACCCUUCACAGCGGGGAUAACCGCGAAAUACAACGACUCUGAAAUCACUUUUGCUGCACGGAGUAAGCCGGACCUCGCAGUGAAUCUUCACGUGGGUAUGAGAUUCCCGAGCGCCCAAGUUGUGAGAUUAUGUGACGCCCGAGCGAUGCAAUUGCAGCGGGCACUGCCUUCGGAUGGUCGAUGGCGCCUUGUCAUUUUUGCGGGCGACAUCAGAGAUUUGAAUUCAGCUAAGAAAUUAGAUAGCCUUGCGAAGUUCCUUUCGUCUCAAAAAGGCCUUGUCCAGAAAUUCACCCGCGAAGGGGAUGAUAUCGACAGCUUCAUCGAUCCGGUGGUCGUCUUGCAUGGAGCACGAGCCGAGAUUGAGCAAGAACACAUCCCAUCUUACUUUCAGCCUGUGACUAGUCCAUGGGGAGUACGGGACUUGCACAAGAUCUUUAUCGACGAUGAGAGCUACAAUUCUGGCCACGGGAAAGCUUACGAGGCGUAUGGUGUGGACGUGCAGAAAGGCGCUCUGGCGAUCGUGCGUCCUGAUCAAUAUAUCUCGAUGGUAAUUAGCCUAGAAGACUAUGACGAGAUAGAUAGAUUUUUCAAUGGCUUUGCUCGGCCUCAAAACUAG